UCGGGCCAAUCAACCGCGGGCCGACCCGGCCUAUUGCAGGUCCUCUUUUACCACCCUUGAAGCGAAAAGCCCUCCAAAAAUCAAAACCCAAGCCAAAGCCAAAACAAAAGAGCAAGAGCAUGCUCCUCUCACUCUCCUCCAGAAAUGGCGGUUUCUGCUAAAACCCCAGCUAUCCCUCUCUUAACAGAACUUCUCCUUCCUCUCCCUUCAAAACCUAAAACACCCAAAUCCCGCUCCUUCUCUCCCACCCAUCAAACCCUCCAAAUCUCCAUAAAAAAGCCCGCCCAUGAAAUCUCUGCUUCUGUCAACACAAACCCAAUUCCCAACACCACCAAUCUCAAUCCAGAAAUCUCUCUCCUAUGCAGCCGAGGAAACCUACAACAAGCCCUCCAAUUGUUGGAGGAUUCUUCCAACCAAGAGUGCUCGAUUCCCAUCGAAGAAGAAACCUACAUUUCCUUAUUAAGACUUUGCGAAUGUAAGCGGGCUUCCCCAGAAGGCGCCCGCGUCUAUGCCCAUCUAUGUUCUUCAAGUUCUUCUUUGACGCAUUUCAGCGUACGGCUGGGGAACGCUCUUUUGAGCAUGUUCGUAAGGUUCGGUAACUUGCUGGACGCGUGGUUUGUGUUUGGUAAAAUGGCUGAGAGGGAUGUUUUCUCUUGGAAUGUGAUGGUGGGCGGUUAUGCGAAAGCAGGGUUUCUCGAUGAGGCCUUGAAUUUGUACCAUCGGAUGCUAUGGGUGGGAAUUCGGCCUGAUUUGUAUACGUUCCCUUGUGUUUUGAGGUCUUGUGGGGGCAUUCCGGAUUUAGUUAGGGGUAGGGAGAUUCAUGCUCAUGUGAUUAGGUUUGGGUAUGAGUCAGAAAUUGAUGUGGUUAAUGCUAUGGUUACCAUGUAUGCCAAGUGUGGCGAUUUUUUUAGUGCACGCCGCUUGUUUGAUGGAAUGCCGAAGAGAGAUAGGAUUUCGUGGAACGCGAUGAUUUCAGGUUAUUUUGAGAAUGGGGAGUGCUUGGAAGGGUUGUGGUUGUUUCUGAGGAUGCGGGUUCUUUCCAUCGAGCCAGAUUUGAUGACAAUGACAAGUGUGGUCUCUGCUUGUGAGUUGUUGGGUGAUUUGAUUUUGGCGAGGGAGAUUCACGGUUAUGUGAUCAGAACUGGGGUUGGUGCUGAUGUUUCAGUGUGUAAUGCGUUGAUUCAAAUGUAUGUUAGUGUCAGGAAAUUGGAGGAAGCAGAGAAGGUUUUUAUUGGAAUGGGGUAUAAGGAUGUGGUCUCAUGGACAGCGAUGAUAUCGGGCUACGAUAAGAAUGGGUUGCCUUCUAAAGCUGUGCAAACUUAUGAACAGAUGAAGUUAGAGGGUGUGAUGCCGGAUGAGAUUACAAUUGCAAGUGUUUUGUCUGCCUGCUCUUGUUUGGGACUUCUAGAUAGAGGCAUUGAGCUACAUGAAUUUGCAAACCGGAGAGGGCUCAUUGCAUACACUAUAGUUGGAAACAUGCUCAUUGACAUGUAUUCCAAGUGUAGGUUCAUUGAUAAGGCUUUGGAAGUCUUCAAACGGAUGCCUGAGAAGAAUGUGAUAUCUUGGAGUUCUAUGAUUUUAGGCUUUAGAAUCAAUAACAAGAGCUUUGAGGCAUUGAAUUUCUUUCGGAAAAUGCAAAUUGAUGUAAAACCCAAUACAGUUACCUUCAUCGCUGCCCUUGCAGCAUGUGCGGGCAUAGGAGCUUUGAUGUGUGGAAAAGAGAUCCAUGCACAUGUAUUAAGGAAUGGAUUGGGAUUUGAGGGUUUCCUACCCAAUGCACUUCUAGACAUGUAUGUCAAAUGUGGAAGGAUGGAACAUGCACGGAUACAGUUUAAUGUCCAUGAAAGUAAGGAUGUAGCAUCAUGGAAUAUCAUGCUAACUGGCUAUGCGAAGCGAGGACAUGGAGCCCUUGCCAUUGAGCUGUUUGAUAGAAUGAUAGAAGUGGGGGUUAGUCCAGAUGAGAUUACAUUCAUUUCCCUUUUGUGUGCUUGUAGUAGGUCUGGAAUGGUGAGUGAAGGUAGGAAGUAUUUUAUCAGCAUGAGCCAACACUACUCUGUGAUGCCAAAUUUGAAACACUACACUUGCAUGGUGGAUUUGCUGGGCCGUGCCGGGCAUUUAGAGGAAGCGCACGAGUUCAUUGAAAAGAUGCCCAUGGUGCCAGAUGCUGGUGUUUGGGGAGCCUUGUUAAAUGCAUGCAGAAUCCACCAGCGGGUCGACCUCGGCGAACUUGCGGCCCGCUUUAUCUUUGAACUGGAUUCGGAGAGUGUUGGGUAUUAUGCUCUUUUGUGUAAUUUGUAUGCUAAUGAUGGACGAUGGGACGCAGUUGCGAGGGUGAGAAGGUUGAUGAUAGAAAGAGGACUGAGUGUUGAUCCUGGAUGCAGUUGGGUGGAAGCUAAGGGAGCAGUCCAUGCUUUUCUCAGUGGAGAUGAAUCCCAUCCACAAAUGAACGAUAUUCGUGCAGUUUUGAAUGGCUUAUACGAGAGGAUGAAAACAGCAGGUUUUGACAUGCCCGAGAAUAACUGCAUGGAUGAGGUCGAAGCAUCAAAGGAGGAAAUCUUUUGUGGUCACAGUGAAAGACUAGCUGUUGCUUUUGGACUCAUUAAUACUACACCCGGGAUGCCUAUCUGGGUGACGAAAAACUUGUAUAUGUGCAGCAGCUGCCACAAUACCAUUAAAUUAAUAUCGAAGGUGGUUCGGCGAGAAAUAGCAGUCAGGGACUCUGAACAAUUCCACCAUUUCAAAGAUGGAACUUGCUCUUGUGGUGACGAGGGCUAUUGGGGUAGACGUAAUAAGUGAAACCACCAGAAUGCUACUCAAGAUAUGCUUUAUGGGGGUCACCAUACCGAUACCGCAGAUGAAGGAAUGCACGGCUUCAAGAAAGAUGGUUUCUACAAAUAGGCCGAUUUUCAAUGAUGAAGACGUGUGUCUGAAUCUUGUGGGGCCCAACAUCACAACUUUUUGUCUCAUUACCCCCUUUCCCACUAAUUCAAUACAGAAGUUAAAUACAUAGAAAGAUGCCUUCUAUGAUAUUUUCUGACACUGUAUCAACGGGAUUACAUGAGUAGGUCCCAUCUGAAACAGAACUUGAGGCAAGAUGUACAUGACUGCAUGUGAAAGCUUCAGCAAAUAGCAUAACUUGUGAUUAUCUGUAUGGUGAAAUUUGAAGCGAAUGUUGUAUAUGUAUGUUUUAAGGGUUGGAUAACCAAAGACUUGUAGAGGAUGAGGCUAUUUCCUCCCAUCUUGAAUUUUGUAUGAUUACUUAUUUCUAUUGUAUUUUCUGUGCUUCACAAAAAUAAUUUGUACAAGACGAGAUCAACGUUGAACGAGGUUGUUUAUUCUUCCACUCUGA